AUGACGACUAAGGCUGUUCACCUGGAGGCCGUGUCCGAUUUGAGCACCGAUGCUUUCCUGGCUUCUCUUCGACGACAGAUUGCUCGGCGGGGCAUGAUUCGUGAGUUGCACUCGGAUAAUGCUACUAACUUUCGAGGCGCCAACCAUGAAUUAAGAGCAUUGUACCAACAAUUCCAUAAUCAACAAUUCGUUGAGUCGAUCCAGUCUUUUUGUAGCAGCCGUGAAAUCGAGUGGCACUUCAUCCCACCAGAUGCCCCUGAAUUUGGCGGCUUGUGGGAAGCGGCGGUGAAAUCCUGCAAAACUCAUCUUAAACGUAUUGUCGGUGACGUGAAGUUAACUUUUGAGGAACUAGCUACAGUCUUAGCACAGAUUGAGGCUGUCAUGAACUCCAGACCGCUGUUUACCAUCUCCAAUGAUCCAGCAGAUCCACUUGUGAUCACGCCAGCUCACUACCUCAUCGGUCGAUCACUUACAGCUCCCGCUGAACCAUCGUUAGAAGAUGUCAAGGUUUCUCGUUUGAGCCGCUGGCAGCAUCUCCAACUUCUCCGUGAACAAUUUUGGCGUGCUUGA